AUAUACUUCAAAAAUGCCUGAAUUGUUGGAUAUGCCUUUGGCAUUGGUUAACCAAAUUCUGGAAAAGUUGGAUCCCGAGGACCUACUGGCAUCCCGUAAAGUGUGCCAAAAAUUGAGAACCGCUGUCGAUAAAUUUGGGAUUCAUUUUAACGCGAUCGAAGUCAUUUGUACCGUGGACAAUAUUUUAAUGAAACUGAACGAAAGCCUCAUCACAUACACCAAUGCGAGCAAAAGUGGUACUACUGUAACUUACGAGUGUCGCCGAAAAACUAUAGGAAAUGAAGAUUUCACAAGCAGAGCUUUUAAGGAUUUGGAAAUAAUAUUGGAGCAAGUACCGAAAUUUACUUUUCGAAUUGAACUCUACGAUUCGAAAAGAAAAAACCAGAAAAAUAUGACCAAAUUUAUCACUUCAUUUAUAAACUUUUUGAAGGCAAAGGACUGUAUUCACGUUAAGGAAAUACAUUUCAACAGGCUUUUGUUCGAUGAUAUUCUCUCAAUUCUUCCAUUCUUCAAUGCUAAAGUAUUGGAAAAUAUCAAGUUAUCGGAAACUGAUAAUCUGAAAAAAUUUGAACGACUCGCUUGCUUGGAGCAGUGGAAAAACGCGAAAACAUUUGAAACUCCUUGGGUCCUGGUUCAUAAUUGUCAAAUUCCAAUUGAACAAUUAUUUCACCUGGAGAGGUUCAAAAUCGUCAUAGAUGACUUUUUCAAACAAAAUAGAAUUGAUAUCAGGGAUGAUUUACUGCAAAGGAGUACAUUCCGGAAAUGCGAAAUUUUGUUUGAAAAAUCGAAUUCGACGCCAUUUGAAAUUGCUAAAUUGUUCAAGCCUGACGUUUCUAAAAGUGACAACUAUGAAGUUGAGUUUUCAAUAGGCGGCAAAAUGUUCAGAAUUAUUUCUUCUACAAAUUGUUUUUUGUGUGAGAUUUUGUGACUAAAUUUGUCCUCCCCCCUCGGCGGACCAGCAAAGCCUGGUAGUAAGUCUAAGCCUAAGCCUGGUAGUAAGCCUAAGCCUAAGCUUUAGCAUGAACGUAAGCCUAAGCCUUAGCAUAAAAGUAAGCCUAAGCCUAAGCCUGGUAGUAAACCUAAGCUUUAGCCUUAGCAUGAAAGUAAGCCUAAAUCCCUUUUAAAUAUUGUAUGUAAAAUUGUACUUUUCCACCUUUCACUUAUAAAAUAAUGUGUUCAUUUACUUAUGUACAUUUUAUUAAAUUAAUAAACAUAUUUUAAAAUAAA